AAGUAAAAAAAUAUUACUGUGAAUCCGUCAGCAAUAUAGAUGCGCUAUACGGUUUACGUAUCGUACGUUUACUUCAUACACAGACGGCCAUUUUGAACCUUCUUGUCUUAGAAGCUGGUUUGAUGGCAUUCCUGCAAUAGUCAGGAGAGUUCUUGGACAAUUCACCAACUUUUCUUCGAGCUGAAAAAUUCUACUGGAUCUAUGCAGACUUCAUUGAGCGAUACACAUCAAUACGAACUGCAAUCUUGAACUGUGAUAUAUCACCUUAACAGACUCUUCGCGCUAGAAGUUCAAAACUUCCGUGGAUUGACUGGAUUCUUAGCCAUUUUAAUUGCUGCUUGUUUCCUUCCCACCAAGCGGACAAUUUGAAAUUAAAAAAUCUCUAAAUUCCUCAUGAAGCCUCUUUGAGGGGCUUCAUUGUUUAUAGCAGAAUAUAUUAUUUGUAAAGGUUGUUUUAUAUAUUAAUGUAUAUUUGUAUAUUUGCCAAAGAUAAUUUUUCCCCAUUUUGUAUGGGCAAAGUCGAAUGGCACUAACUUGCUUUUUUUGUGAACCUGUACUAUUACAUUUCUGGACAAGUUAAUCUCAGGAAGUAUCUCAUCUUUAACUGAAAUGUUCUUCUUAUGACACCUGAUGCAAUUUUCAUUGAUAAUAUAAACGUAUCACAAAAGAAGACUAAAAUCAGCUGUCAAUCAGGUUGUGAAACUCUUUGAAGACUUUGUGAAAACGGAACAAAACCUGAAGUGAGAAAAGACACUCUUUGCUAUGGCAACAGCACCACCACAACUCAACCGCGUGAUGAAUAACAAUCACGGGGCGAGGAGCCCGAACAGGGGGCAGCAGAACAACGACUCGAGGAGAGGAGAUGGCAACCACCAGGGGAGCCACCAGGGGAACCACCAGGGAAGCCACCAGGGGAAUCAUCAGGUAAAUCAUCAAGGACGUGGAGACAGGAACGGACCCCACCAGCAGCGAGACGGGCCAGGUAGCUACCAUCAUGGACACUACGGAGGGUACAGGGGGAGCGGAGGCUACGGCAGCAGACAGUAUUCAAGACAGAAGGACUUUGAGAGACCAGCACCUAAACCAGCUGCACCACUUCCAAAGCCAUCACCCAUAGACAUGGAUGAUCCAGACUGGAAAGAAAAGCUGGCAAUCCCAGAUAAGGAUAGAAGAAUUAGAACCACAGAUGUGACAGAUACCAAAGGAAAUGAAUUUGAGGACUACUGCCUCAGUCCCCUGCUCAUGGGCAUCUUUGAGAAGGGCUGGGAGAAACCAUCCCCAAUCCAAGAAGAGAGCAUUCCUAUCGCCUUGACCGGACGAGACAUUAUGGCCAGGGCCAAGAACGGGACCGGCAAGACCGGGGCAUAUACCAUACCCGUCUUGGAAAAAACGAACACAGAAAACAAUUUUAUUCAAGCUUUAGUCCUAGUCCCAACGAGAGAGCUGGCUCUCCAGACGAGUCAGAUCUGUAAGCAGCUGUCAAAGCACACGGGCCACAAUGUCAUGGUCACAACGGGUGGUACUAGUCUAAGGGACGACAUCCUCAGACUGGAAGACCCAGUUCACCUUGUGAUAGCUACACCUGGGCGUAUCGAUCUCAUGAAGCAGAGCAUUGCCAAAAUGGACAAGUGCAGUGUGCUGGUGUUAGAUGAGGCUGACAAGUUACUGUCUAAAGACUUCCAGAACAUGCUAGAUGACAUCAUCAGCUUUCUUCCACAGGAUCGACAAAUCAUGCUCUACUCUGCAACCUUUCCAAUCACAGUCAAGAACUUUAUGGAUCGUUACUUGACCAAGGCAUAUGAAAUCAACCUCAUGCAGGAAUUAACCCUGAAGGGUAUCACUCAGUAUUACGCUUUUGUGGAGGAGAAACAAAAAGUUCACUGCCUUAAUACUCUCUUCUCUAAGUUGCAAAUCAACCAAGCGAUAAUCUUCUGCAAUACGACCCAGCGUGUGGAACUCCUUGCCAAGAAGAUCACAGAGCUUGGCUACUCCUGUUACUACAUCCAUUCACGCAUGCAGCAGGAACAUCGAAACAGAGUAUUCCAUGACUUCCGCAACGGCGCCUGCAGAAACCUUGUCUGUACAGACUUGUUCACCCGCGGUAUCGACAUCCAAUCUGUCAACGUCGUCAUCAACUUCGACUUCCCGCGCGUGUCGGAGACCUACCUCCACCGCAUCGGUCGCUCUGGACGUUACGGCCACAUGGGACUGGCCAUCAACAUGAUCACCCACGACGACCGCGUCCCCAUGUAUGUCAUUGAGAAGGAGCUGUCGACCAAGAUCGUUCCCUUCCCGUGCAAGGAGGCAGUCGACAAGAGGCUCUACGUGGCAGAGUACCAGACGGAGGAAGAGAUCGGAGACGGAUCCGGCUAGAUGACUGGAGAAAAUCAUAGGAAAAAAAUUUAGUUUAAAUGUCAAACAAAAUACGCCCAAUUAAGUCACAUUCGAUUUGAACGAAACAGAUACUGGAAUUCUCUUUAUUUUUUUUAUUUUUUUUCCGCGAAAGAUGCUAGGCGAGGAUACUUCAGGAUUGGCUAGUGUAUCAUAGAGACAUUGGAAGUGAAGAUAGGGCAUCAAUUUAUAAGAUAAUGUUGAGAUGUGAGUGAUAAUGAUGCCUAGAUUUAACAUGUUGGUACAAUGAAGACGUAUGAAAUGUCUCUAUAAGUUGGUAUGCGCAAAACUGAAAAGUCUAGUUUUUGAGGUAUGGUUUACAUGGCAGCAUAGAUUGCAAGCCAGAUCAUAGGAAAAAUUACUUGGAAAAGCCUCUUUUUUUCUUCAUCUUUUCGACAUGGAUAACGAUUGAAAAAAAAUAAGAAUGGCUUAGUGUGAUUUUAAUAUCUCUUUAGCAAUCUCAAUAGUCCACUCUUCAUACAAACAUGGCAGGGUCCAUUGUGAAGAAUCUGCUGAAAUCCUUUCAUUUGAUUGGAUAUGGGCAGAAUUGUCAUUGAUAACAAGUCUUAUGAAACGUGGCCCAGAUCUGUUUAUAUUAGGAUACACUUGCAAUGGUGCUAAACUGCAAGAUGCGUUCUAAGCGCAGAGUUGAGAAGGUACUUUUUAAGCUCAAAGAAAACGAGUGAAAAUUGUUCUAGAGAGAGGAUAUCUCGGCACAAAAUCUCUCUUUUUGUUUCUUGACUUUUUUCUUCUUUUCUUUUCCUUCCAUUUCCAAUUCAGAAAAAACUAAUGAAAUUGAUAUGAACCUUGUGCAAUUUUAUAUUUUCUUUUAAUUUUCUUUAAUCACUCGUAUAUAAUUUGUAGAAGGAUUGCGAAAAAAGUCAAGUGUAUCACGAUGCACUGAGACGGUGUAACAUUGUGAAAAAAGGUGUUAUUUUACCACAAGAUAUCUUUUCUAAAAAAAAUGAAUUUACAUGAAAAAAAAUGGACCAGAAAGUGGUCACUAUGAGAGUGCCUUCUUAGCUCAAACAAAAGAAAAAAGGUUUCACAAAUGCACAUCAAAGUCAGAUGUAAGUGUGCAUUUAGUGUCCAGUUUCGUAAGGUAGAGUUUUUGUUUUUAACGUUUGUUUUGUUGUCUGUGACCCCUGUUUUUUCUUCCGUAGGAUGUGAUGCGGCAUUGCUAAUUGCAAUAUGUUACUUGGUCAGUUGGUCAUUUGAGUUUCCCAAAGAUAAGCAUGAAUUGUGCAGACUAGCUCGCUAAACCAGAGCAAGCGCACCUUUUGUGCUGAGAUUGUACUUAAAUAAACCUACAUAGGAACUGAAAGAGAAGGGGAGUGGAUUUUCCAAGCAGAAACAAA